UGAUGGUUCAGGUGACCUAUGUAAUACCGCGACAUUUCUUCGCUUAUCAGGUUUUUGUGUUCCAAAACAUUUUGGUUAAGUGGUAGUUCAAAUACGAUCAGAAAAGCAUAGCCAAUUUUUGGAGCAACUGAUAGUCAGUUUAACACAUGUCUAAAAGUUAACACUCGCGAUAAAACCGUCAUCUAUAAAUCACUAGCAGUAAUCUGAAAGUCAAUUAUUGGUAUUUGUGCUCUGUCAUCGUGGCUCAUAAUCUUCAAAUUAAGCGUUGCAUUCAUGCCGUCGAUUGUGAAUUGUCGUAUAACUAGCUCAUUUGUUAUUAUUGCGUCAACGUUAAGUUCUAUAACGCCCGGUUUAGCGUUCGGUUUUUCUUCGGCAUGCACUCUCCAAGUGUACUUUACGAUCUGGAAAUCUGCGAUUUUCGCCAGUUCAUUGAACAUUGGUGGUCUUUUAGGCGGGUUGCUAUCAGCGCGUAUGUUGUCAACUGCUGGAAGACGUUUUACUCUUUUGGUAUCUUGUAUUCCUACUGUGUUAGGCUGGUUAUGGAUGUAUCUAUGUUCUGACGUAAUCUAUCAAAAUGCCUUCCCAACAAAUUUAUUUGUUUUUGGUCGUCUUUUAACUGGAUUUGGGGCGGGAUUAUGUAUUCCAUCUUCUGCCACAUAUAUGUUAGAAAUAUCUCCAACUAAAAUUCGUGGUAUAGUUGGUUCAUUACCUCAAGUUGGAAUAGUCACAGGGAUUUGUAUAUCUUUUUUCAUGGCUAUGUUUACGCUCUGGGAACAAAUCGCCCUAAUAAAUACCAUUUUCUCCAGCGUCAUACUAAUUCUUGUAUGGCUUCUCCCAGAAUCUCCGAAAUGGCUUCGAAAAGCUGGCCGUAUUCACGAGGCUAACAGUAUUAGCAUACAGUUGUUUGGGAUAGUCAGUGGACAUUCCGCGGAUACGAUCGAUUUAAACGAAAGUAUAACCAAUAGUGAAACAAAACAGCACUCAUUAUGGGAUUAUAUCUUUCCAUGUUCACUUGUUCCGUCAAGUCAACAACCUCAAUUACGAAUGGCUACAGCCCUCAUGAUAUUUCAACAGUUAACUGGUGUAAAUGCUAUCCUCUUUUUUGCUGAAUCAGUUUGUCUCAUUGGAAAUGCAAAAUCACCUCCUAUUUGUGCCUUUUCUAUAGGCUUUUUUCAAAUGAUAUUCACUAUUUUAGCAGCUUUUGUUAUCAAUCACGUGCGUCGAAAAAAGUUGCUUCAGUUUAGUGCCUUUAUCAUGGUUAUAGCUUUACUAGCCUACAGCAUUACAAUUUCUGUAAGUUGACUGUGAAAUAAUUUAUGUUUUCUUUUUAUCCAAUAACAUCACUUUAUUAAUAAUAUCAAUAUGUUAAGGAUAUUCUCAUGAUAUGUUUCAUCCAUCUUCACUAUCAAAUUGUUUUUUGCAUGUUUCUAAACGAAUAAACAAAGAUAUUCUCUAGAUACAUUCUCUACGUUUCUAAGAAUAUUGUUUGUUAAAGGGAAGCUCAAAUGUGUUUAAAUGGAACUAUAAAGUACAUAGUGAAAAAGUUAACUUUCGCAUUCUUCAAACGUAAAGCAGGCUUAUCCAUACAUUGAUGAACUUGGUCAGUUUUGGAUUAUUUUAUUUAUGUUUGGUUAUUCAUUUGGCUGGGGACCAUUACCAGUACUUAUUAGCAUGGAAUUAUUUCCAGUUAGUAGUCGUGGAAAUGCUGUCAGUGCUGCUAUCGCUGUCAAUUGGAUCUUUGCUUUUAUAAUAACAGAACUAUUUGAAAUAACUGGUAAUUUAAUUAAUCCUGCCAUAGUAUUUGUCAUAUUUUCUAUAUGUUGUUUAAUAUCUAUGGUUUAUGUGCAUAAAUAUUUGCCAGAAACUAGCGAUGAAUCAAAUGGAUCAACAUUAGAUACUAUUUCAUCAUUAUCGUAUAAAUCACAAUUAAGUGCUUAAUGAGAAUGUAUUUUCUAUAAUUUCUAAUAAAAACACUAGUUAUUACUGUUUUUGAUAUUUGUUUCCUUAGAAAUCAUAUUUUUUUCACAUUAUUUUAAUUUUUUUCUCGUAAGAGUCAAGUCUCCCUUGACUUGUUCUUUUUUAUCGCUUUCUCUCGUAUAAUUGAUGUUCUCGUUUAUAUGUGUAUAUGCCUGAUUCAGAAAGAUUAAUAUUUCCCUAUUCCACUUACACACUACUCAUGCUUCAUUAUGUGUUGCAUAAGUACACUUUCCUUUUUUUUGUUUGUAGAUCAUGACAAACUUAUUUUUUAAAAAAACAAUGUCGAUAUUUUUUUUUUGUUGUUUUUUUCACAACAAAUGUUACGUAAUAUUUGUUUCAAUAGUUUUGAUUUUUCACUGAGUGAUUAAAAUAUGAUUUGUUGCUAUGGUUUUUGAAGUUGAUUUUGUUACCUAAAUACCCAGGUAAAUGGUGAAAAGUUAUUAUUAUUAUUAUUUGUGAUUAUUAUUAUUAUUAUUAUUAUUAUUAUUAAUUGCUUUAUUCAAUAUUAUAUUUUGGUACAAUAUAAAAUUCUCAGCACAGGGUAUUUUAGCAAGUUACUUGCGCAAAAAAAACCGUGACAAAGACAAAAAAGGGAGAAAAAUGUUUAAAAAAAACCCGAAAAACUGUGCAACUUUUCAAAUUAGAGACAUGUUAAGAAUGCAGGUUAUUGACUAGGUUAACUCUAACAACCUUUACGUCACAGAGUAUAUUUGCUAGGUAAGGUAUUAUCGAGUUAUUUAUUCAUUCUUUUGUUUUUAUUAAUGAUAAUUACUUCUUAGUAUAUUCUUCAUCUUAUUAAUUUUUGUACAUGAAAUAUGAAUUGAGAAUUUUUUUUCAAGUGGUACCAAUGGGAUAUUGGUUAUUUGUUCUUAUUUUAUGUCAUAAAGAAAUUGUUUUCAAUGUGGUGUUAUAUUGUGUUACAUUUUAAGAUAAUGAAUGAAUAUUUGAAUAAGAAGUUGUCUUGUAGAUGUAUUUGUUGUUGAUGAAAUUGUUCGUUUUUUUUGGUGAUCAUCAUUGUGUAACAUUUAGAAAAAAUAUCAUAAUUAGACUGACGGGAUUUCUAGGUAAAGUCUAUCAAAUGUAUCCGUGGUAGACUAAAAACAUUUCAAUAUUUUCUAUAAUGAUCAGUAUGAAGUUCUGGGAGAUUUUAUUUAGAUCACGUCCCGAUCUAAGUAAAACAACCACUAGAAAACUGGAAACACUAAGCGAUCACUUCGUUUCAGUAGGAGAGUUUUCAGUCGUGCCCAUCUUCAACUUCUCAAGGAGGAAUAAUAGAAAUCAGUACCUCACGUUCGAAAGCUUAA